AUGUCGCCGGCGCGCGUGAAGCAGGAGGCAGCGACGGACCGGUCGGAAAUGCCCCUUAGUAAGGAGGAAGCCGAAUUUAUGGAUGAGGAGGCGCGUGUGAAGGAGGAGUGUGAGGACAGCACAGACGGGUGCGGCGUGAGCGAGGCAGCCGUGCUGGCCGGCCUGUACCACGAGCACGUGGUCAAGGACGAGCUCGUGCUGGGGCCGGAGCGCCCGCACCGCCCCACAGUCGCCCCGGUGGUGAGAGCGUCCACUCUUGUCUCCUCUGCUGUGGUGUCGAGUCGGCGCCGCUCGUGCUCGGUCAGGCUGGAGCGCCUGCUGGUGGACGCGGAGCGGCGCACCUGCCGGGUCGGGCGCCGCACAUACAAGCUGCACGCCACCGAGCUCGCACCCACACCCCAUGUCACCACCACGGUCUAUCAAUGUCACCAUUGCGGCAAACGGUUCAGGAGCAAGUCGGUUUUGAAGAAGCACGUACACACUCACUCGCCUUUACAUAAUUCAACCGUAGGGGAUUAUGGUUUAGAACGACAUCAAAUGCUACAAGGUGGCAAAAAACUGUAUAAAAAAACUCACAUGAUUAUAUGCUCAGGCGAAAAGCCUUUCAGGUGUAAUUACUGUGGCUACGAGAGUAGUAGAAAAUCAAAUUUACGGAGUCACCUGAUAACUCACACAGACGAGAAGCCUUUCAGGUGUAGUCACUGUAGCUACAAGUGUAGAAGAAAAGAACAGUUACGGAGACACCUGUUGACUCACACAGACGAGAACCCUUUCAGUUGUAGUCACUGUAGCUACAAGUGUAGAAGAAAAGUAUAUUUACAGCGUCACCUGAUGACUCACACAGACGAGAAGCCUUUCAGUUGUAGUCACUGUAGCUACAAGUGUAGAAGUAAAGAAAAUUUACAGCGUCACCUGAUGACUCACACAGACGAGAAGCCUUUCAGUUGUAGUCACUGCAGCUACAAGUGUAGAAGUAAAAAAAAUUUACAGCGUCACCUGAUGACUCACACAGACGAGAAGCCUUUCAGUUGUAGUCACUGUAGCCACAAGUGUAGAAGUAAAGCAGAUCUACAGAAACACCUGAUGACUCACACAGACGAGAAGCCUUUCAGUUGUAGUCACUGUAGCUACAAGUGUAGAAGUAAAGAAAAUUUACAGCGUCACCUGAUGAUUCACAGUGACGAGAAGCCUUUCAGUUGUAGUCACUGUAGCUACAAGUGUAGAAGUAAAGCAGAGUUACAGCGUCACCUGAUGACUCACACAGACGAGAAGCCUUUCAGUUGUAGUCACUGUAGCCACAAGUGUAGAAGUAAAGCAGAUCUACAGAAACACCUGAUGACUCACACAGACGAGAAGCCUUUCAGUUGUAGUCACUGUAGCUACAAGUGUAGAAGUAAAGAAAAUUUACAGCGUCACCUGAUGAUUCACAGUGACGAGAAGCCUUUCAGUUGUAGUCACUGUAGCUACAAGUGUAGAAGUAAAGCAGAGUUACAGCGUCACCUGAUGACUCACACAGACGAGAAGCCUUUCAGUUGUACACACUGUUCCUACAAGUGUAAAAGAAAAGCACUGUUACGGUCUCACCUGGUGACUCACACAGACGAGAAGCCUUUCAGGUGUACUCACUGCGCCUACAAGUGUAAAAGAAAAGCACAAUUACAGGUUCACCUGAUGACUCACAGAAACGAGAAGCCUUUCCGUUGUAGCUACUGUGACCACAAGUUUAGAUUAUCAGAUUUACAGGCUCAUGCGAUGACACACGGACGAGAAGCUUUUCAGGUGUACACAGUGACCACAAGUCUAGAACAAAAGCACAGUUACGGAAACACCCGAUGACUCACACAGACGAGAAGCCUUUCAGUUGUAGUCACUGUAGCUACAUGUGUAGAAGUAAAGCAGAUUUACAGACACCUGAUGACGUGAUCACUCACACAGAAGAGAAACCUUUCAGUUGCAGUCACCGUAGCUUAUCUUAUCUUAUUGUUUUCGGGGGCUCUUGCGGAUACACUUCGACCCAUAGGGAUCUUUUGUGCAAUUACCCCCUAGAGAAGAUCCGUCACCUACUCAAGAGCUUUUUCCACUAUAUCCAUGUGUCGGAUGAUGGAGCUCAUGGACAGUGUUUUAAAGUCCUUUGGUUCCAGAUAUCCUGCUCCAAAGUCCUUCAUUCUUUGUCUGGCGAGGGCGUAACAUUCACACAUUAGGUGUUUUACUGUCUCUUCCUCUUCGCCACACAUACGACAAUCGGUGUUGUCAGAGUGUCCCAUACUGGCCAGAAUUCUUUUGACCCCGUAAUGACCAGUAAACACCCCCGUUAUGAUAUGGCUAAGCUUUUUGCUCCAACCGGAAUCUACUCCUUGCAGAAAGAGCUUUGCGUGCUUUAGACCCGUCAGAGUCACUGCAGCUACAGCUACAAGUGUAGAAGAAAGAGAGAUUUACAGACUCACCUGAUGACUCACACAGACGAGAAGCAUUACAGUUGUAGUCACUGUAGCUACGAGUGUAGAAGUAAAGCAGAUUUACAAAUUCACCUGAUAACACACAGACGAGAAUCAUUUCAGUUGUAGUCACUAUAGCUACAAGUGUAGAAGAAAAAGAGAUUUACAGAGUCACCUGAUGACUCACACGGAAGAGAAGCCUUUCAGGUGUAAACACUGUGCCUACAUGUGUAAAAGAAAAUCAGAAUUACGGACUCACCAGAUGAGAAGCCUUUCAUGUGUAAUGUAGCCACUGUAGAUACAAGUGUAGAAGGAAAUUUGGCUUACGGACUCACCUGUUGACUCACUCUGGUGAAAAACCUUUCAAGUGUAAGUACUGUGACCACAGGAGCCGUCGUAAAUUCUAUUCGUCGUGUUCCUAUUAUUGUAUUACUACAUGUACACUUAUUGUAUCAUUCUUACAUUUUGUUUACAUUCGUCGAUUAAAUGCAUUGAAUUUA